AUGCCGAAGAAGGACCUCACUGAGCGCAUCGCCGCUCUCAGUGAGAAGCUUCAGACCAAACACGGAGCUAUAGGCCAAGUCUUCCAUCCAGCAUCCUCGCUUGACGUCAACUUCAUUGCUGACACGUGGCCAUACCAUUCCGACGAUGCAGACAUUUCGAAGAUCUUCGCCAAAGCGUUGACCAGAACGACUGCAGGCGCAACAAACGAGACUAUCAAGUCACCGACACACGUCAUCCCAACCGUAAUCAGCCGCCUAGGUUUCUACCAGUGCCAGUAUCAACAGGUCGACGAGGCCUUCUCAACGGCCUUCAUCGCUACAAUGGCCCUCGAGCUCGCGGCUUCCGGUGGGCGGACGAUCAAAGCCUCUUUCAACGACAUCCGGCCACAGCAUCUUGUGCUGAGUUACAACAUCCUCAAGUCACAUCGUUUGCUGAAGACAUGGAUGGACUUUACACCUCAGCUCGGGAUCAGCUGCCACCUUCGCGACUCCCCUAAAGACGAUCGAGACGCCCAAGAACAAGAAAGACGACACGACGAACUCAUCCACACGGCAAUCAAUGUGAUGCUUCGCUGGCACUUUCGUCGAGCUCGAGAGAGUUGGCUGAAACCUAAGAGACACCGAGAUGAGGAUCCCAAAUUCCAGUGGGAGCUACUUCGGGGCCUGACGGAAGGUCCUACCUGGCUCGAGGCUGGUCCUAGCGGUCCCGUCCCCUGGCUGCCAUCUUACGGCGAAAUUUCGAGACGCGACAUCAACAAGCACGAGCAAAAGCAACUCAUCGUGAAGGCGGCAAGCAAGCAUCAGGAAAGGUUGACUGCCCACGCCAAGACUCAGGGGCAGAAACCAUUUGUUCUCUCAUCGUUUCACAAGUCGGUCAUCGACUCAGUGGCUUAUCUCAAUGAGCCUCAAAAGGUAUGCGGUCAGGAUCUGUACGGUCGGGACAUCAGCACCUUGGGUCCAGGAAGGAUCGUAUCCUACGCCGUGAUGGACGCCUAUUUCGGGCUCGUCUCCCGGACUCACACUUCGGAUCGCUACAAGAUUCUCGAUACCGCCCUCGUCGACGCGCUCACAAUGCUCGACUAUGACGAAGUUGCUCCCAAGAUGGGCCUGCCACAGGAAUCUUCAAUGAUCUCAUCAGGUCAGACAGCACCGGAGCUUCUCCUGCUGCCAAUGCAGCUCUUCAAAAAACACUGGUCUAUCCUCGCCAUCGACACCAAGCACAGCCGAAUGGACUAUUUCGAUUCCCGGCGCACCCCAGAGGCUUCGAAGAAAGCGUUCAGCGUGGGACGGAAGCUGCUGGAAGGGGAGCUGAAGCACUUCAGUACAUGGCAAGGCCAGCUGCAGAGCCCGAGCCAGGAUCUGGCUGGAUCGCAGUCGUGGGUGGAACAUGUCGACGAUCGCUUCCCUCAGCAGACGAACGCAUACGACGGUGGGGUAUUUGCGGCGCAAGCAGUCAGGCAGCUCUGCACGGCAUACUUGUCUUCCGCCGACUUCAGCCAGCAAGAGUGGCUAGUCGAUCAAGACGCUGCUGAUGCGCUGCGUUUUAAGAUGUUCUUCGAGAUCACCGCCAGGCAGCUUGACGCAAAUUAG